AUGUCAGAAGUGCCGGAAUGUUCUCCAUACGCCGCACACUUGUUUGAUGUUGAAGACCCGUACACUCCAGUGCGGCACCUACCAGGACUGUGCUUCGCUUACUGCUCAGAAUUUCACAGCAAGUGCCAUUCUGUGGUCAAGUAUCUAACCAACAGCCGGACCCUGCUGGAGACGUGCGAGAAGGACCGCUCGCAUUUCUGCAACCUCAUUAACCUCGCUGACCAGGACUACUGCUACCCCAACGUCCUGAGGAACAAUGGCCUGUACAGCAAUCUGGGCAAGGUGGUGGAGGACACCAAAGGCUGCCUGCAGCUGUGCUUGACGGAAGUGGCCAAUGGGCUGAGGAACCCCGUGCUGAUGGUCCACAGUGGAGAUGAUAGCCACCGCAUGUUCGUGGCAGAGCAGAUUGGCUUCGUAUGGGUGUAUCUGAAAGAUGGCAGCCGCUUAGAGCAGCCCUUCCUGGACAUUAGCGGGGAGGUGUUGACCACACAGUGGCUGGGAGAUGAAAGAGGUUUCCUGGGUCUCGCCUUCCAUCCGAAGUACAGAAACAAUGGGCGCUUCUUCAUCUACUACUCCAUUUUGAUCAGCGGCAAGCUGGAGAAAAUUCGCAUCAGCGAGAUGAAGGUCUCGGCUCAUGACAUGAACGUGGCAGACCCCCAUUCAGAGAGAGUUCUUCUUGAGAUUGAGGAGCCUGCAGCAAACCAUAAUGGUGGGCAGCUUCUGUUUGGUCUAGACGGAUAUCUGUACAUCUUUACAGGGGACGGUGGAAAAGCAGGAGACCCUUUUGGAAAGUUUGGAAAUUCCCAAAACAGAUCAGCAUUGUUAGGAAAAGUGCUUCGGAUUGAUGUGGAUGGUAGCAGUAUAGAUGGGAAGCCCUAUAAGAUUCCUCCAGACAAUCCCUUUCUCGGAGAGCCUGAUGCAAAGCCAGAGGUCUAUGCCUAUGGUGUGAGGAAUAUGUGGCGCUGCUCAGUGGAUCGAGGGGAUCCACUCACUGGUUACGGGAGAGGGAGAAUAUUCUGCGGUGAUGUGGGUCAAAAUCGAUAUGAGGAGGUUGACAUCAUUGUGAAGGGAGGAAACUAUGGAUGGAGAGCCAAAGAAGGCUUUGAAUGCUUUGAUAUGAAAUUAUGCCAGAACUCUUCUCUAGAUGACAUUCUGCCAAUAUUUGCCUAUGGACACCAUGUUGGGAAAUCCGUAACUGGAGGUUACGUGUACAGAGGAUGCGAAUCACCCAACCUCAAUGGUCUUUAUAUUUUUGGAGACUUUAUGAGCGGACGAUUAAUGGCUCUGGAGGAGGUUAAGAAAUCUGGGAGUUGGAAGGAAAAGAAUGUGUGCAUGGGUGACACUAAAACCUGCUCUUUUCCUGGCCUUAUAAAUCAUCACCACAAGUUCAUCAUCUCAUUUGCAGAGGAUGAAGCGGGAGAACUUUAUUUUUUGGCGACCUCCUACCCAAGUGCAAUGUCUCCGUUUGGCACGCUUUACAAAUUCAUGGAUCCAUCCAGGAGGGCACCUCCAGGAAAAUGCAAAUACAAGCCACUUCCUGUAAAGGUCAGAGGGAAGAAAGUGCCAUUCACACCGCGAGAAUUGACUGUGCUUGGCAUAAGUGAAACCCCUACAAGAUCACCACUGGAAAAGAUCUUACUCCCCACUAAACCACCAGGCACACGCCAGCCCACAAGGGCCAAACCCACCACAUCUGCACCAAAGAAAAAAAUUCUGGCCAAAACCACUACAGCAAAGUUGAACCAAGAAAAGUCAAAGACGACGACUCAGGCAAAGGAGAAGCAAAUAAACACGAGCACAAAAACACUAAAGAAGGUUCCUCCUAACAAGAAGUCAUUGUUACAUACCAAGAAGGACAAACAAGCCACAGGAAAGCCAUCUCACAAUCCCAAACUGUCCAUAAAAGGAGCCCCGGAAAAAAAGAAAACUAAACCUCUCAAACCAACAAAACCAAAAGAUGUGACAAAGCCCAAGGUAAGCUUCAUCACAGCAUGA